CUUCACAUGAUAUUGAAAAUCUCUGCACCAUUCUUUUUCAUAUCUUUGUUUUCUUCCAAGCUUUUCCCAGGGGUUCCUAGCACAGGCUGUCAUGCAUUAUGCAAACAAUAAUAAUGUGUUAGUUUGUUAUGUUAUGUGAGUUCAGUUAAGCUUGAUUAAUCAGUUUAUGUUUGCUAUUUGCACUAUGGAUGAGUGUUGUGAUUGUCAGUGUACUUGUUCUACAAUGGACAUGUCUGAAUCAGGGCAGUUUCAUCAGGAGUUUGAGUUUGAGAAGCCUGUUCUUGAUGUUGCCGAGGUUGAACUUGAGAAUGAAUGUGUUAUGCUUCGUCAAAUGGUUACUAGCCAACAACAGAGGAUUGAUGAGAUUUUAGUGGAACUGGAGGAGGAGAGGAAUGCGUCAGCAUCGGCUGCCAGUGAGGCGAUGUCGAUGAUUGUGAGGUUACAGAGAGAGAAGGCUGAGGUUCAGAUGGAGUUUCGUCAGUAUAAACGUUUGGCGGAGGAGAAGAUUGUGCAUGAUGGCGAAGAGAUUUUGGCCUUGGAGGACUUGUUGUGUAAUAGGGAGCAAGUUAUUGAAUCACUCACAUGUGAGAUGAGUUAUGGGCUUAAGGAAGUUGAGGCUGAGGGAGAAAAGUUACUUAUAAGCCAAAGUUAUGACAAUGAUGUCUGUGAGGUCCAACAGGACAUUGAUGCUCAUAAUUGCCCUUCUGUUGGUGCUUCUCCGAGGCAGUAUUGGCAUGUUAGAGGAUAUUCUGAUGAGAGUUCAAGUUCAAUUUACACAGCAAUUAAAGAUACAAGUCUGGAUGUUUCAACUGAUGAUCUUGGCAGCACUAGGAAGAAGGAAUGUGUACAUAUAUAUGUAGAUAAAAAUCCUAAUUUGCAAAAGUUUGAUACUAGCUCGGAAGCUGAAGAUGAGAUGAGUAGUGUCACCAAGCCAAUGGCUUUUACUGGAGUUGGUGAAGAUUAUAAGACCACACAGAAUGAGCCCCUGUACAUGGGAGAUUUAGGGAAUCCGGAUUUCAAGAAGUUGUAUAUGAGGCUUCAGGCACUCGAGGCUGACAGAGAGUAUAUGCGGCAGGCACUGAUAUCUCUAGGUAAUGAAAAGGCCAAACUGUUAAUAUUGAAGGAAAUAGCUCAACGACGGUGUCUGGAUAUGUUACUUGCAAAGACACUGCCGGUGAAGAAGACAUCUGUCAGGCGGAGCUUCUCUAUCUUCUCAUUGUUCAAGUGGAUCGUGUCAUUUUUCUUCUGGAGAAAGAAAGCAUGCCAAUGCAGGUGUAUGUUUGGGAUGUCGGCACAGAACAUUGGACUGCUGGCGCUCUUAGGCAAGGGACCUCGGUAAGGCAGUGGAGUUCUACUUUAAGUAUAGAAGCUUGAUACUGUAACAAUGACAAGUGCAGUCUGUCGUCGUCUUCUAGACUGUCUGUUCAGAUAGUUUUGUGCUUUGUUAUCCUUUUAUACCAUGGAUGUGGUCUGCAAACCUUUAGUAUUGUAUAUGACGCGCGGAUUAUGUAGUGUUCUGAAUUAUGAUUUCCUCUCCUCAUAGUCUUG